GUUCCUGCGCCCCGGACCCGCCCGCGCUCGCGCCGGGCUCGGCUCAGGUUCAGGACCGCAUGUGGACCUCCCCACCACCCGGGAACCACUGAGUGUGCGAACAGGACAGCCUCCUUGGAAGGCCAGCCAAACCGGACUCUCGCCUCGGCAUGGGCCUUGCCACUGAGGCAGCCCCGCUGUCUGCGCUGAUCUAAGGGUGCUGCGCGUCAUGGGGGCAGCCAUCUCCCAGGGGGCCCUCAUUGCCAUCGUUUGCAACGGCCUUGUGGGCUUCUUGCUGCUGCUGCUCUGGGUCAUUCUCUGCUGGGCCUGCCACUCUCGCUCUGCGGACAUUGACUCACUCUCUGAAUCCAGUCCCAACUCCAGCCCUGGCCCCUGUCCUGAGAAAGCGCCCCCACCCCAGAAGCCCAGCCAUGAAGGCAGCUACCUGCUGCAGCCCUGAAGGCCCUGGGCCUACCCUAGAGUCUGGGACCUCAGACUAUCCCGCUCAGAGCCUGGAAUCAGGAUCCCAGGCUCCAGCCCGCUUGUCUGGGGCUGCACCUGGCAGCCAAGAUCUAGCCAGUUUGGCUCCAAGGAGGACUCUGGUGGCCCCAGGUAGACAGGCCUAGGGUGAGGAUUCACGAGUUGGUGCUAGGGCCAGGACCAUCUGGACUCUGCUCCAUCCCAGGGGCCAGAGGCUGGGUCCAUCCUCUCCCUAGGCUGAGCACCUUUAGGCCCUCUGGGUUGGGGAAGCAAACUGGACUCCAUGGCAAUAAUGGGAGGGUGACCAGGUUGGGCCCCUCCUUUGGUCCUCCCACUGUUUGUUGGAUAAUAAAUGGAACUAUGGCUCUACCCUGAGAUUUUCUCUUCUUCCUG